CCCGGAUACUGGUACCACCAGGCCCUAUGGAAACCCAUGUCUGGGGAAGGGCCCUGGAUCACAGUAAUGCUCAAUUACGAUGGGGGUGACGAAGUGAGGCUGAAGAUUAACGUGGAAGGGGCUAAGAAGGUGGAGAUGUGGAUUGACCCAAAACUGCAGGAUGCGAUCACGAAGGCAAAGGAUCGUGCGGAGAGGCGUUGCAGGAGGGACGGAGUGACAGCAAAAUUGCAGGUAACGGUCUCAUAUCAUGAGACCGAGACCACAAUGGACACAGCGGACCUGGAACAAGCCCACCUGGACAGGGACUCAGGUGGGGAGAGCGAAAUGAGCGAAGCUGGAGAUCGAGAAACGAACCUCAGGUCCUGGAAUAGACCAGGCGAGAUCCAGAGGUAUCACCGAGCUGCGAAACUGGUGGAAGAGGGGUCCGAGGCCAGCUCUCGACAACUGACGCCCAGAGGCCGAGGGGCAAGUGAGAAACAGAACAAGGGGAAGAGACAUAUGUGAGGGGGCGCGAGUCAGACGACACAUGACAAUCUGAGAGCAAGGGGAAGUCAACGAAAGGAAAAGACCACGCGGAUGAGCGAAAAAACGAUCGGGCGAGAUGCAAUUGAUGUC